AUGGAUUUCUGUCACUUCACUUUCCUGUGCGGGGCUCUUGCGUUUGUUUGGGAAAUACCCGCUUUCCAAACCCUCGCUAUCUUCCCUCCAGCUGCGCCAAAGAGCGGCGGCGGCGGCAAGGUGGCGAAGAUUUAUGAUGGACAAGAGGCGUCCAAGUAUUUUAAGGAGUUUUACGCGCCACCUUCACUGGACAGAAUCAUUAAAGCCACAUCCAAGGACUCGGUGGAGCCUCAUGACUACAUGCUGUCCAUUUAUAAGACCUUCUCCACGGCGGAGAAACUGGGACUCAACGCAAGUUUCUUCCGCUCUUCAAAAGCCGCAAACACUAUUGCAAGUUUCGUGGACAACGGGCAAGAUGACCUCCCACUCUCCCCUCUGAAGAGACAGCAGUAUCUGUUCGACGUCUCAACCCUCUCCGAGAAAGCGGAGGUGCUGGGAGCCGAGCUCAGGAUAUACACCAAAGUGUCUGGGAAUUUCAGGAUAUCGGAAACAGAGCCUGUCGACAUCCAGCUCCUCUCCUGCCACGACCGGCGGCUGCUCGACUCCAAGACGCUGGACCUGCAGGACUCCCACAGGCCGAAGUGGGAGGUGUUGGACGUGUGGGAAAUAUUCAAAGAGCGGCAGCGCCUGAGCCAGGGGAAGCACUUCUGCCUGGAGCUCAGGGCCACGCUGGACAACCCCGAGAGGGAGCUGGACCUGCACCUCCUGGGCCUGCACCGGCACGCCAGGCCUCAGCAGAAGAAAGCCAUCUUAGUGGUGUUCACCAGAUCUAAGAAGAGGCAGACUCUGUUCAGCGAGAGGAGAGAGGGGAGAGCGCUGCUGGGCCUCGAGAGGAGGGCCAAGGAGAGGGGCCCCGGCGCCAAAGCCAGCAGGAGACGCAGGACGGCCGCGUCCAAAACCCGCCACGGCAAGAGGCACGGCAAAAAGUCCAAGUCCAGGUGCAGCAAGAAGCCGCUGCACGUCAACUUCAGAGACCUGGGCUGGGACGACUGGAUCAUCGCCCCCCUGGACUACGAGGCGUACCACUGCGAGGGCGUGUGCGACUUCCCCCUGCGCUCCCACCUGGAGCCCACCAACCACGCCAUCAUCCAGACUCUGAUGAAUUCGAUGAGCCCCAGCAACAUGCCGCCCAGCUGCUGCGCCCCAUCCAAGCUCAGCCCCAUCAGCAUCCUCUACAUCGACUCAGGAAACAACGUGGUCUACAAGCAGUACGAGGACAUGGUGGUGGAGUCCUGCGGCUGCAGGUAGUGGACCAGGGCCUCUCCGAUCAGCCGGAACCGAAACUGUGCCACAGUCUGUGCGGCGGCGAGGCUGCAAAUGAAUUAAGGAGAGACUUAAAAAUCAUUCGUGCUUAAUACCUCAAACAGUUGUUGUUUUUAUUUUAUUUUAUUUUCUCUGUUGCUUCCUGUCUCGAGGAAACACACCUUAAGAUCUACACCCGUGAACAUCACCUAUACAUCUCUUCCACGCCAUCAAAUUAGCAAAAAAACUAAUGACUCAACAGAAUAACUGAGCGUUUUCUUACCAUAUAUGCAAAAGUUGAAGCAGCAGCCUUAGCCUUAGCUUAGCAUAAAGACUGGAAACAAGGAGCAAAAAGCUAGAAGCAGGUACCACAUAAACUCUUUUAAAGUUGGACUAAUCAAACAAUUCUCCAUUUAAGUUAUUAGUGGGCAGCGCGUUUGUUCACAACUGAAAAAGAGACAUGGAUGAAACGUCUUCAAGAAACUCCACAAGUUCAGUUCACCUUGUUUUUGGCUUUUACACACACACAUAUAUAUAUAUAUUAAUACCAUGACCUGGAUGAACCUUUUAAAUAGUUGGAAGUGUUGCUCAAUAGCUUUAAAUCAUGUGAAAUAAACACAUAUGACUGGAUGAGGUGCCAUAAAAAAACCUACAUACACAGAGAUAAUAAAAUAAUUGAAAAUAGCAAUGAAAUUAAAUGAAUUCACGACCGAACUACACAGGUGAGGAUCUGUGCAGACUGACGUCUUAAAGCAGGAAAGAUUUCCUGAGGCGACAAAGUCGUCUUUUGGAUGAGGUGCUUCUCCGUUGUCUGUGUCUGUUGUACGGUGGAGAGGGCGGUCGGGGUUUUGUCCAUGACGUGACCUCCUCUCCAACACUGACUCAGAAGUCUCCUGUCUGCAGCCAGUGGUGAGGUUAUAGAAAAGCAAAGCAACUGAGGUUUCCUGAAGGUUGCCUCUACCUUAGUUUGUCCUCUAGAUGCUUUACAGCGACCCGGACGACUGAGAAUCACCAGACGUUUUGUGUCCGUCUCUGUUUUAGCAACGAGUCAUUAUCAGUAGUUCAGUAGUUUGUGACACGUUAUAAAUCAAAGCCGAGCUGGCUCCGCUUUCCUCCCGCGCCGGCCGCAUCAUAUGUGUCGGUUCCGCCAGUUACCUUUUAAAACCGAUGACAAACGUCCAACAAUCACAACGAGCUCUUGAGCAACACUUCAACACCUCCUCGCCGACGGUGGAGCUGGACACACUUGUUUUGUCUGGCGCUCGGUUUGUGAACACAUCAUUAGAGCAGCUGGUGGACUCUGGACUUAGCUCUGUUAGCUGUGUCCACUGUUUCCAGUGUGUCAUGCUAAACUUACUGCCUGCCCGCUACGUUCCUAAUCCCCCUCAUCUGACGCCCUGCGUUACAAAAAAAAAGACACCUGAGACACUCCCCGUGUGGAGACAAGAAAUUUAAAUUAGUGUAAAAAUGAAAGAAGCAUUUGUUUUAACCUUUUACCACCAGCUGUUCUUCUCGUGGGACACGAAUGCAGCGCGAAACGUUUGAUGGAUUGCUCGUGCUAAGAAUAAAUACGUGCAGUCCAGGCCUCUCUCUGCUUCUAAAUCAGUCUGGCAGUUUUUCCCUGUGAUAAUAUGUAAGAAAGCGAUUUCCAGUUUCAACGCAACAAUCAAAGCUGAUGCAGUUGUUUCAUUUCAGAGCAUUCCUCGACCAAAACGAAAAGGAUUGAUUGCAGCCUCUCGUUCGGCCUGUUUCUUCUAUAAACCAAAUCAUUAACUUCAGGUAAACAUUAUUCCCCCCCCCCACCUCCCCCAUUACAGAAACUUAAGCUUACAGCGCUUUGACAUGGCCUAUGACUCAGGGAAAGUCUUCGAGUGCUGGAGGUAAAGUUACGACUACAGAUUAAACCACCAUCCACCGAACAUUUCCACCGAAACGCCGACCAGCUUCACGUCCGCUUGACGACACACACACGCGGUAAUUUAGUCUGUAAUGCACUGAUGUUCAAAGGUACCACGUGUAAAUAUUUGAUGUGGAAAUAAUAAUUUAUGUUAUGUGAAUAAGUUAUUGCAUUUAUAUUGUCCGCUUUGUUCUGUUACAACUUCCAGACGCCAUGAGUCACACAUCUGGAUGUUCAGGUUUAAAUAAACACACAUGGGUCGUGUUUUUGUAAAGAAAUGUGACGGCCAUGUUCUGCUCGCAGACUGUGAAAUAUUAGAUUACUAUCAGUGCUCUUGAUAUACAUAUACAUACAUAUAUAUGUAUGUGUGUGUGUAUAUAUAUAUAUAUAUAAGAGAAGAAAACAUUCGUUUUUGCUUGGUGAAUUUAUCUUCAGGCUGUUGAUUCAAAGAUUAGCCGCACAUUUUAACCUCGUUAUAUGUUAUGUUUUGCAUUAUUUACCCUAAAAUAAUAUAUUAUGUUGACUGAUAAUUCAGUGUCACGGUACAUUUGUCUUUUAUUUCUCUGGUAUCCACAUUAUGAAGCAGCAGAAAAUGAACUGAUGAUGUAUUUUCCAGCGUAGAAUAAUCAUUUUUGUUUAACCGAAUGACUCUAUUCUUAUAAAAUGUACAAAUGCGUAGAAUACGAGACAAAUUAAAAUGUCUUUGGCUUAUA